AAGAGUUGCAAUUCACAACUCAGUAGAAUAAGAGUUGCCAGUUGCAAUUCACAACUCAGUAGAAUGAGAAAUGAGAGUUGCAAUCCACAACUCAGUAGAAUAAGAGUUGCCAGUUGCAAUUCACAACUCAGUAGAAUGAGAAAUGAGAGUUGCAAUUCACAACUCAGUAGAAUGAGAGUUGCCAGUUGCAAUUCACAACUCAGUAGAAUGAGAGUUGCAAUUCACAACUCCGUAGAAUGA